AUGAAACUGAAUGUGGAACUUGUGCCGUUGCUGCUCCUAUUCUUCAAUCUUUCUCCGUGUGAGAUGGCAUAUAUUUCCGAAGAGGAUGAUUUAGACUUGGAAAGACAGGUCAAAACUAUGAACAAGCCAUUCAUCAAGACCUUUUCGACUAAAGAAGGAGACACAAUUGACUGUGUUGAUAUAAAUAAACAACCAGCACUCGAUCAUCCUCUACUGCAGAAUCAUAAGGUUCAGACGGAACCGAAUCUACAUGUCACUAGCUUGCGCAGAACUUCUCUGAAUGCAAAACCAGUAAAAUUUGGGUUGAGAGAACCUUGCCCUAGUGGAACGGUGGUUUCUCUAACUGACAACAUGAUAGAAAAUAUUAAAUAUGGAGGAGGUGGACGUACGUCAGUCUUCAAUCUUACCGUUGCUCGUGACCAAGUCAGUGCACAUAACGUGUGGAUUGAAACUGGUCCCCCAGAGCAUAUUAGCAUGAUUGUAGCUGGUUGGAUGGUUUCUCCACAGUUAUUUGGCGAUACUGGUGCUUGGUUUUUCACAUAUUGGACAGGUGAUGGCUAUCGCAAUGGAUGCUACAAUGUACUAUGUCCAGGUUUUGUCCAGGUGGAUAGGGAAAUAACCCCUGGUUAUCCGAUAAAACGUGUUUCUACUUAUGGUGGACCUAUAGCUGAGCUUGUAAUCCACAUUCAACAGGAUAGAAUUACCGGGAACUGGUGGUUGAUUGUGACCAGUAAAGCGAUUAAAGUAGGCUACUGGCCAAAGGAACUAUUCCUGUAUUUGCGCAAUGGCUCACUACACACGGCUUGGGGAGGAAUUGGCAUAGCUGGAGGCAAUGGAUUCUGUCCACCGAUGGGAAGUGGUCACAGGCCAGAUGGUAUUAUUGAGCAUGCCACCUUCUUUCGAAAACUCCAUUGGGUUCGAUCGGAUGGCAAAUUUCUACGUCCUUCAAAUAAGACAAGGGAGUGGGUAGAUAGAUCCAAUGUUUAUGGUUUGAUGAUCCAUCACCAUUAUCGAAAAUAUGGAAGUGGCUACAUGAUUAGCUUUGGAGGUCCAGGAGGUUAUUGCAGGGUAUAGAAAAUUUACAUGAAGAAGCUCUCUUGUUCAAUUCAAAUAA